AUGGCAAAACGCUGUUCUUCCCUCCCAUUUACGAUCCUUCUUUUACUAUUCAUACUUCAUGCAAGUGCGCGUAAGGUACCUGGCAAUACGAGCCAUGGAGGAGAGCAGACUCUCGUGCAUGCAAGCGCACCAGUGCCUGCUGAGUCCCCUGUGGCCACUGGUAUUGCUGAGAAGAAGCACUUUAUCGUCGGCGGAGUCGGUGGGUUCGCUGGCAUGGGUGGUUUUGCUGGCGUUGGGGGUAUUUUGCCCAAGUUCGGUGUCGGAGGUGGUCUCGGCAAGUUCGGCGGUAUCGGUGGAUUCGUUGGAAUUGGUGGUGGCCAUAAGGGUUUCGGCGGUGGUAUAGGUGGCUUGGGUGGCGGUGCGGGAGGCCUUGGUGGACUCGGAGGUGGAGCUGGAGGCUUAGGUGGACUUGGUGGGGGCGGUGCGGGAGGCUUGGGUGGUGCUGGAGGUGGCGUCGGAGGUUUAGGUGGAGCUAGCGGUUGUGGAGGUGGCGUGGGUGGGGUUGGUGGCGCUGGUGCUGGCGGUGGCUUAGGUGGAGGAGCUGGCGGCGGCGGCGGCGGCUACCACCCUUAUCAACCUUUGCAUCCUUAG